UUGAUUCGUGGUAAAUAUUCACCUAUUUUUACGAAAUGCAACUACUUUCAGUCAAACUGCCUUCAGCCGAACUGUUGUUGUUGUCCAGUGCCAUACCUAGUGCCGAUACCGUGCCUUGUACCAGUUCCAGAAAAGAAAGUGGAAACCACAGCGGCACCUCAACCUCAAUUCUGCUGCUGUUUCCUUACUAAUCCAGGCCAGGGAGCAGCCACAACAGCAGCUCCGAUCGGAGUCCCGGAUAUCAUCCUUGGCGCUUGUGUAUUCGACAAAUUUUUCCUCUCAAGAAUGGUUGGUAGGCAUCGGAAGGGAGUCGAACUUGUGGCUAUGUAUUCCGUGUGUCGUGCUUAUCCAUCACGCCAUCGAUACCCUGUACCGCCCUCAUCAUCAGAAGAAAAGCCGACAUAUCGUGAUCAAAGUUCAAGAAAUAAAAGCACUAUUAAUAUUUGA